AAAGACAAACGGUUGUGUUUUGACAACUCUUCUUGAUAGCAGAUUUCCCYCUACGUUUUGGAAGGAGUUAGGAAACGAAUGUCAUAAAAGUCAACAUAUGAUUUAAUAUGCCAGUUGUAACAAGAUCAUGCGGAAGGCAGGCAGCAAAACGGAGAAUCGAAGACACAACUCCUCGAAGACCAUGUAAAACUACAGUCAAGAGAAAGAAGAAGAGCUCGUCUCCUGAUGAAGAAUCUGAAAAGCCUGCCAAAAAGAAAACUAAUUUAUUGACUGUGAGAUUGGAUAAAAUUGGUGUUACACCAAGUAGAAUACCAAGAAAAUGUACAACCAAGAAGGUCCAAGAGAAGGAGAAUGAUUCUCCACUAAAAGAUKUACACACUACACCUACAGCUGAUGWGAGCUCACCAAACAGCCCAACUAGUGAAACUCCAAGCAAUGUAACUCCAGUUGCUGCAAGAACCAGGAGUUUCAGCGCUCUGAAGAGGAGUUAUAUUGCAAAAAAAUCACAAAGAAAUAGAAGCAAGACUAUUCACAAUUCUUCUAGUUCUGAAGAAGAAAUGAAUGGUGUAAGUGCAAUGAAUGAAACCAAAAUGAAUGAACCGUGUAACAGUGUUGAAGGUGUAGUUUCUUCUAAUAACGGAAGUAAGGAUGUUGAAAUGAUAGAGGAUCAGGAAAACAAUGAAGAAAUGGUCAGUGAUAAGCAGACCAACAAUGAUUUUUAUAAAGCAAAAUUUCACCAGAUGCUUCAACAAUUGAAAAGCAUACAAGAAACAUUUGCUARUGCACAGAAGAAUGCCACAAAAAAUAUUGAAGCUUAUGACGCUUUAAUCAAAGAACUGAAAGAAAGUUUGGAAAAGGAGAAGACUAAAGUAACAAACACUACACAAGAACUACGGAUGACAAAAGAUCAACUUCUAAUUGCACAAGAAAAGCUUGACAAAACAAGUAAAGAGUGCUCAGAARCUAACAUCCAGCUCAAGACAUCAAAUUCAUUGGUUGGAAAGGAUGAUAACUUUCAGUCAAUGAUAAACUUUUAUCAGAUGUUAAGUGGGAUUUGCUUAACAGAAGAGACUGACUCUGUGCAAUCAUUUGAGAGCUAUCGAUGUGUUUACAAGCCUAAAGGUGUUAAUGGCAAAGCAAUGCAGUUCAAUCUUACUUACGAUAAAGAGAUUGACGAAGUUGAGUUCAGCCCUGUUGUCCAAACUCCUUCCACUGGAGAAUUUCUUCAAAAGAUGCCCAAGUUUUUGAGAGAGAAUAUAUACUUUUCAACUGAUCAAGCACCMGCCUUUCUGCUACGUGUUAUUCAAAGUUACCAAAAACAGCACUAAAUGAGGCACUAAUUCAGCAGCACUUGUGAGUUUUAAUAUUAUACAUAACAAUGUACAUAAUGAAGGACACUUGUGAUUUUAGUUUAUAACAUAUUGUAUGGCUGCCAUAUAUUGCACUAAAACACUUUGUAWUUUUUCUAAAAUCUGUGAUUAUAGCACUUGGUGCUGCACUAAAGCAAUAAAUGUCAAGAAAUUCA